UCUAGAUUUCUACUCGAUGCUGAGACAACACGACAAACUAUUUCUAGCGUUUACACACUGCUUGAAUAUAGACCCAUUUAUACAACAAACUAUAUUUUUUGACCGCACUGUUAAUUUCACGGUGGUAAUUAGCACCAAAAUAAUGUGCACACGAGGUGCCAAAAAUGCGCACAAUUAUACACGGAUUUUUGGCACGUGCUCGUGGUUUGGGUGCUAUUUUUGCGUAAUACACGACAUUUAUUUAAAAAUUGCAUGCGUGUUUGUUUAUGAUUUUAUGCGGAGUAUUUUAUUAUGAUUUUAUGCGGAAGACAAUCUCUAUAAGACAAGUGGUUUCAGAAGCUUCCCCGGAAGACGAUUCUUUUAUCUAUCCUUCCAUAAUUAUACGAUAUCAAAUAAUCCAAAACACACCCAUGAUUGAAUGUAUAUCUAAAACAUAAAUACGAAUUACAGAUAUAUUUUUCUUCCAGUUUACGGUAUAUAUGCUAACCAUAGUGGGGUAAUGCUUAGGUACUAUGGCUAUAGGAACGCGCUAAUGAACUGAUAUUAUCAGUGCGUCUGAAAAAACGGAACAGUGUUUAUAUUGCAUUCUGAAUGAUAUUUAAUGGCUGUCAAUUGCUGCAUAUAUCAAACAACAUGCAUCGAGCGUUUAAUACAUGCACCAAUAGAUUAUAUUCUGUUUUUAAGACAGCCAGUAUUAUAGAGUAUAUUAGAGCUCAAAAUAUAGAAAUGAAAUUGGAAUGCGUGUUUUACAAACCAUUAAAGGAAUUGCACUGAUGCCGCGUAAACUGCUAUAUCAUCAAAACCGUGGGUAAAUCAUGCAGUCGCAAAUUAAAGAAAGUUAUACAUUCUUAUUGCCGUGACAUGGCACAAAUUUUCUUUUUUGUAUUUACGAUUAAAAUAAUCGAAUUGUCAAAAGAUUCUUGGCGGUAGGAGAUGAAUUGCAUAUAAAAUCGUAAUAUCGAGAGGUACACCGAGAAGAUAAAAGUAAACCUAAUGGAAGUCCUGCAUGGUUAGUAUAUACCAGUUAAAUCUGUUAAGCUAUCCCCAAAUUCUGCUAUUAUAGUGGACUAUCUGUACAGUAUGAAAAAAAAAUACACAAAAAAAUGCACAAAGCACGUAUCACUAGUGACGUAGGGCUAACCACAACCGAUGCAAUAUUCCACAUUUUUUGAAGUGCUUCCGACUUGAAAGGUGUGUAGCUAUGUUAGCGGAAAUGUGGUAACUUCCACUGCUCGAACAGUGAGAAUAAAAGCGUCCGAAAUGACAGAACUUAUAACAGAUUCGUCAGCUCUAACACAUGCAAGGAGAAAUCAUAAGCACGAAAGACAGGCUCGGAGAAUAAAAUCGUACAGUGAAAGACGAGCAAUAUAUAAUAUUUUGUGGCGAAGAUGAAAUUACAUCUCGGUUUGCUGAUUUUGUGUUUCGUGGCAGUUCCCUCGAAAUCAGAUGAUCCAGAGCCUCCUCCACCUCCAUCGGUUCCUAUUGGUCCAUUUGAUUUAACAGGAAACAAAGGAGGUUUCGUGAGUCCACCCGGAGACGAUAAGGAAGGGGAUUAUGAUAGAAAGAAUUUGUUUCAAGGCGAUAUUAAAGAUUCAGGACGCCGUAAAACAGGAGGGAAGAUCGGAGAGGCAGGAACUAGAACACCUUGGCCGAACGGAAUUAUUCCAUAUGUCUUUGACUGCAGCGUUGAAAGUAUCGAGAGCGCUGUAAGGGCAACAAAAGAUGCGAUGGCAGAGUGGGAAGGUAGAACUUGUGUCAGAUUUGUCAAGAAACAGCCACAUCACAAAGUUUAUCUCGAGUUCAUCAGAGCUGCUGGUUGCUGGGCAACGUACGUUGGAUACAAAGGAAAGAAAACGCAAAUUUCAAUUGGUAACGGUUGUGACUAUAAGCACGUCAUGGUUCAUGAGUUGGGCCACGUGAUCGGUUUCUGGCAUGAGCAAAGUCGACCAGAUCGGGAUCAAUAUAUCACAAUCAACAGAGGAAAUGUUCAUAAAGCAUUAUUAUACAAUUUUGACAUCGUUAAAGAACAAGUGAACAACUAUGGAGAACCUUACGACUUCGAUUCUAUCAUGCAUUACCCUUGGAAUGCCUUUGCGAUCGACAGAAGACAAAAUACAAUCUUUCCCAUAAACCGACAAUAUUUGCGUUCAAAGAGACCGUACCAAAAACUCAGUGACUCAGAUGUCGCACAGACGAACAAAAUGUAUCAGUGCGAUAAAAUCGCACUUGCUCGGGAUGCUAGUUUGAAAUUUAUCAAUGACGAAACUAAUGUCAAUAAUGCAGCUUCGUCACCCGGUGGAAAAUGUCAAGACAAAAAUACGAAUUGCCCCAGUUGGGCGAAAGGCAAUCAGUGUGACCUGGCACCAGACCCAGUGAUAAAAACGUGCCCCGAAAGUUGCGGUAUUUGCAAAAAGCCUUGCGCCGAUGAUUACGAUGAUUGUAAAGCAUGGGCAGAGUAUGGGAAUUGCUUUAAGGCUGGUGAUAUAAAGACCGUCAGAUUCAUGCUCAACUAUUGCAGAAUAUCCUGUGGUGUGUGCAAUCCAGAUUCUACAACCAAGGCACCGACCAAAGCUAAACCUGCUACAACGAUUAAGCCAGUCACGAAAGAGGGUGAAUGUCUAGACAAACAUGAACAUUGCGCUAGUUGGGCGAAAGCCGAUUAUUGCAAUUUGUCACCUGAUCCAAUGUUAACGACGUGCCCGAAAAGCUGCGGGAUUUGCGAUAAAAAGAAAGAUGCUUGCACAGAUGGUUAUAAAGAUUGCGAAGGAUGGGCAGAAGGCGGACUUUGCAACAAAAAGGAUGACCAACGUGCCGUCAAAUUCAUGAUGACUAAUUGCAAAAAAUCCUGCCGUGUAUGCAAUCCAGUGCCUUCAAAAAAACCUAACAAACGACCUACCACCACGUUGCCACCAACGACUACCUUAUCACCAACAACAACCUUACCACCAACAACAACCCCAGAGCCCACAACCAAAGCACCAACAACGGUACAAAUUAUGACCACACCUAAAUCUACCACGAAGACACCAACUACAAAGAAUGGAAUUAGACUACCAACAGGAAAAUUCACAGGGGUAUUGUGCAAAGAUCGCAGCCAAUAUUGUCAAUCUUGGGCAAAAGAUGGAAGGUGUGAUACUGAUCGUUGGGUGUAUGACAACUGCAUGUUGAGCUGCAAAAGGUUCUCAAUCUGUGACGGAAAAAUGAUUAAACCUCUUGGCAAAUGCACAGAUCCAUUAGGAGUAUAUUCAAACAAAGAAAUUCCUGAUAAUAAAAUGUAUGCCUCGUCCACAUUUGCACCAGGUGGCGGAUGGUACGCCCCGGCGUCUUCUGGACGUCUGUACAAAGAAGACGAUCACGCCCGAAAACAUGUCGGAGCAUGGUGUGCUGCUCCUUAUCGAAAAACGAAUAAUUAUUUACAGAUUGAUUUUGGGAGGAAAAGAAGUAUCACUGCCCUGGCGACCCAAGGAAGAGAUACGUAUUUUGAACACGUGAAAUCGUACAGUUUGUCUUUCAGUGACGACCGAUCAACAUGGCGUGAAUAUAAAGAAAAUGGAGUUAAAAAAGUAUUCGAUGGAAAUUGUGAUCAUGUGACACCGGUGUUAAAUCUUCUAGAAAAUGCUGAGUAUGCUCGUUAUAUACGUAUUCAUCCAAUCAAGUACAUCGCCGCAGCUUGUCUCCGUGUGGAAGUAUACGGUUGCUAAGCAAUAUUUUACACGGAGUUUCAGCUUCGCGUUCGUAGGCAAAAACGGCAAACGUCAGGUGAAAAAAAAAUUAUCCUAUUAAACCGUUAAGUGAAAACGUUUUCCGAAAAAUUAAUUCUCUUUUUGAGAUAGGAAAAAAAUUCAGAGUAAGAAAUUUUAGGCUGAAAUUGCAGCAGAAAAGAACGACAUUAGUCUUCACAUUGAUAAAAAAAUAAAGCUCGACUCUGCCGUUGCCCUCAAACGUGAAGUCUAAUCUUCCUAUAUUAUCAAAUAAUUGAAAGAUAUACUCCGAGCAGUAUACUCACUUAUUUGUGCUUGUUAUGCCUCUUUUGCAAUAUAUUUUUAUUAAGAUUUUGUAGCAAGAUAAUUUAGAAUAAUGAUGUAACACUCUAAAAUAUUUGUGUAAAUAAUAUUUUAAAUAGUAGUAAUAUAUUGACUGACUUUGACGUUUAGAGAAUUGGACAUUGAACGUGUAAGCAAACUUUUAAUUAAAUAUUAGGAUUCUCAGUGAAGUCAUCAAUUAAAAAAAUUAUAUAUAAUAUUAAAAAAUUUAAAAAAAAUUUCGUCGCAUCUUUCUCUUGGUCGAGAACAAUGGCUAUAUAUAUAAUAGCUAAUCUUAUUGAUUUGAAACAUUGAAUUGGUGUAUAUAUUUAUUGGUCUCCGCAGCGAAAGUGGUCCACUAUACACUGAAAAUACGUUUAUCCUGUUUUAAAAAAUGAAAGGGAUACAAUCCUAAAUCUCUCCCUAAUCGAUCAUUAUCACGUUUCUUAGCAAACUAAAAUUUACAUUCCCCUUAUUUCCAUGUAAGAUAUAACUUAAAAAGUAAUAAAGCUAACUUGAUAAAAUUUUCAUAAGACUUUUGACUUGGAGAUGAACCUGAAAGAGUUGUAUUCACUUCCGCCUAAAUAAAAUAGCGCCUGUUUAUUUUAGACAGUCGUAUAAGUUUUAUAGUUUAUAGCCUGCAAAUGCAAGUUUUUUUUCUUCUAGGUUAGGCUACGAGGCAGAAAUUUUUACAACUAAAUAAAAAUCGCUCUAGCGUUAAAACAUGGUUAGUUAUCGUGUAUACAAAAAUCGUUCAUUUUCCUUCAUUGGGUGUGUCUGGUGAUCGUAACCUUGGUGACUGCAGAUUAACCUCAGAGUAUAACCGUCUUAAUAAUAUGGGAAGGAUAAAAUGUCAUGUUAUCCAAAGUUAAAGAAAAAAAUGUUUGGCAUAAGCAUUUUAAUUAUGAAUGCAUGAUGGCAUUAAAAUUUGUUUGUGGUUACAAUUUUUAUUAACAAUAUUCACAAUUUGCAAAUAUGGAUAACAAUAUGGAAGCUUUACAACUCCAGCACCAUUACCUUCGAUAUGUCCCCUGAACUCGACCCUUUUUGCGCUGUAUUAUACUACCUACUUUUGCCCUUUAAUUAACUAUAGUUAAUUUAUUUUGCCCUACCCUGCAUCGACCAUUGCAUUUUAGUAAACUAAAUCGAAAUCUAUAUAUAUAUUAUAUACAAUCUAUACAAUCGUAUCAAUCUGAAAACCUCUAUACUCACGCUAAUUGCGAUUAUAAGAAGCACCCUCAGGAACCAGUCUGUUUAUAUUAGGAACAAACGCGUUCAGAAACCAACGACCUAUGUGUAUUUGGGUUUGUUUAUGGAUGAUAAGUUUAUAUUCCUACAGCAUGUUGAGAACCAAAUCAAGCAGGCAAAUAAGAGAUUGUAUUAUAUUAGAUCGAACUAUGAAAAAGUUGCAUAUUAGUGGGAACAUAGUUGCUAUGUUCUAUAACGCUACCGUUGCUGCGGUAGUAAAUUAUGCUAAUAUUGGCUUUUAGACGCUAUACGAUAUUGCCGCAAAAUGAAAUGUAUUUACAUAUGAGUAGAUGAAAUUUGUGCAUGUUAAAUUUAAAUAGGUAUGACUAUAGUCGGUCUUCAGAUGCAAUUAAGCUAUUUGCUAUCCGUGAUAUCUUCCAAAUGAAUUUCUUAAUUUAUCUUAUUAGUUGUUAUACAAGCUGAUUACAUCUUUCAAGGAAAACGCAAUAUAUUGUAAUUUGACGCCAUACCAGAGGAUUCUCAAACUUGGUUUUGAAAUUUGCUAUAAGAGUACGUAUACGUACAAAACGAGAAAAGCACGUAUAUGUACAAAACGAGAAAAGUACGUAUAUGUACAAAACGAGAAAAGUAUACGUAUACGU